AAACAAACCUGGGGAAGUGCGUAAAUGAAGUGUGGAUAGAACACCAGCUUUACCCAUUCAAAAAAAACCAUUCUUUUCAAGACAAGGUCGUCAAUCACUUGAAAAUUUUGUGAAGAGAUUAGCGAUUUAUUUAUGUUUCUGUUUACUUCGUUAAAUAGAUAAUGGAAAUUCGUUUAUUUUGCUGUGAUUAAAAACCGCCAUUCCGUGUAAAAGGAAAACAGAGAUUAGCUAGAAGUUUUGGAAAUGAAUGAAAGAUUUGGCUUGGAACCGUAAAGUCGUAAAUGAAUUAAACGACAAACUUGUUUUACGUGUUAACGAUUUAAAAAAAAACUGUUUAAAAUGGAAUCAAAAAAGCUUGUAUUUUGAGCUAAAACCAGCCAGCUAGCUGGCUAAUAGUGUUUUACACGUUUUGUGAGAACUGGAAAUUAAAGUUCCUGCUCAAAAUUACUUGUCAUAUGAGGAAAGUUAGCUAUGUUUGUUGGAAAGUUAUUCAAUUUAUAUGAUCUGUUAAUGUAUACAUAGCUGAGCAAAACAAGACACACAGGUUGACUAUUAUCAGUAGACAAAAAUAAAAAAUGGAGGUACCAAUGUAUCAAUUUGAAAAGCCACGUAUAAAUCCAGACCAAAUACCAGGUCGCAAAGAUUUAUUGGACUAUUUCAAACGUAAACAAAUAGAGAAAUACUUAGAAAUUUUUCCUAAAACUGUAAACUUUGCAUUUUUUAAAACGAUGAGUGAGGACGACUUUCAAGAGUAUGGAAUUUCAGAUGAUAAUGACAUGCAAAUUUUGCUUGAUGCAGUUGCACAAGCACAGGCUGAGGAGGAUGCUGAGGAGGAAGCAGAGCUCUUAUUCGAUUCAUCACAACAAACGUCUGCUUCUUCAUCACCAACAACACCAACACAUAAGCGCCACAUCCAAAUUCUAGAUUCAGACCGUAGAAAAUCAUCAUUUUUUGGCAGAUCUUCAAGUAUCGAACCGUUUUCACCUAUACGUGAUGAACAUUCGUCUAACUUGCUACGUAUGCGAAAUAAUGCAUCCCUUGGGAACUCAGAUCCUUCUCUUUCAUCGAGUUAUGGUGAUAUAACAAAAAAAUUUAGCACAUGCGGAAUCAGCCCACGCCGACCAAGAAGUCUUCUACCUCAUUCACCUUCACCGCCACGUGCGAAAUCACCAAUUCCAACUGAUAACUCGUUCGAGCAAAGUCCGAAACAUUUAUCACCAAACAACAACCAUGCACCUAUUCCGUUUUCAUUUGCGACAAAUAAAGUUUUACAAAGUGGUCGCCGUUGGUCUGUUGCAUCUUCUGGUUACAGUACAAACACACCUUGUUCUUCGGGUUUUUCGUCUCGCACAUCAUCACAAGAAAAACUGAAUCAGCUGAUAUAUGAUGAUCAUCAAUAUAUACCUCUAUCAAGACAGUACAGUCACGACAGCACGUACAGUGAUGUAGAUGAUGAUGUUCUUGGUAGAGCUCGGUCACCGAAACCUUACAGGGGUAGAUCCAGGUCUCUGAGUCCAACAAGAAGUGAAAAUGAAAUUUCGAUUCUGAACAAAUUGUAUAUGGAUCGCUUUCCUAAGGCUAAAACACAAAUGGAAGAAAAACUACAGGAAUUCUGUGAUGAAUAUGCAGAUGACAGUAAAUUUUCAGAUGCUGCAAUUAGCUUUGUCUUUCAUCAGAUACUGGAGAUUGCGAAAACAGUGUUGAAAGUAUCAAUAGAUCCUGAAGUUAAUAUCACCAGUGCAUUUUUUUAUGAUAUCUCGGAUUCACUAGACAAGCUAUUAUUUGAGGUUCGAACAAAAACUGCUAGUCGAGAGAUAGGACACAUUCACAGGAUGAUCAGUAAAUUACUUAUGAUAUUAUCCAGACCUGCUCGUUUAUUGGAAUGUCUAGAGUUUAAUCCUAGUUCGUUUUAUACGCAACUUGAAGUUGAAGAACACGUGCUAAGUCAAAAUCAAGUUGAUGUUGAUAUGGGUUCAUACAUACGUACUAAGUUGGGUAUAGCUGAAGUUGGUGAGGAAGAGAAACAAGAAAGUGAGGCACCUGUCAGGAAGCAAUCCAUUUUGAUUGAACCAAAAGAUGAGGAUUUCAGUUACAUUAAACUUAUCAGUAAUGGAGCAUAUGGCUCUGUAUAUCUUGUUCGACAUAAAGCUUCAAGGCAACGUUAUGCAAUGAAGAAAAUGCGUAAACACCAUCUGAUGCACAAAAACCAGGUUCAACAAGUGUUCACUGAGAGGGAUAUCAUGACGUUCGCUCAAAAUCCAUUUGUUGUCACGCUUGUCUGCACUUUCGAAACGAAGAAAUAUCUUUGUAUGGUGAUGGAGUACGUGGAAGGUGGUGAUUGUGCGUCACUGUUAAAAAACAUAGGUGUGAUGACUGUGGACCUGGCAAAGCAAUAUUUCGCUGAAACAGUGCUAGCUGUUGAAUACAUUCAUGAUUAUGGAAUCAUUCAUCGAGACCUUAAACCUGAUAACUUGCUUAUUACAGCUAUGGGACACAUCAAACUAACUGAUUUCGGACUUUCUAAGAUGGGAUUAAUGAACAUGACAACGAAUAUAUGCGAACAGACAGCACAGCAGUUCAAUGAUGCCACAGUGUUUGGUACACCAGAUUAUAUAGCUCCCGAAGUGAUCCUACGCAAGGGAUAUGCUAAACCUGUGGAUUACUGGUCGUUAGGUAUCAUCCUUUACGAGUUUCUUGUGGGUAUUACGCCAUUUUUUGGCGAAACAGUGGACGAAGUCUUCGAGUUUAUCUUAAAUGGUGAAAUUGAAUGGCCUGAUGGCGACGAUGCCUUACCCCCGGAUCCUGUCGAUCUGAUCAAACGUUUGCUUGUUCAAGAACCAACGGAACGGCUAGGAGCUGGGGGUGCUAAAGAAGUUAAAGAACACGAGUUUUUCGAGCAUGUAAAUUGGAACUCAUUGUUACGACAGAAGGCUGAGUUUGUUCCUGUGUUAGAUGAUGAUGAAGAUACUAGUUACUUUGAUACUCGUGAAGAUCGUUACAACCAUCUGGUAAGUGAUGACGAAGAAGACGUAGAUGUAGACGACAUCGAGAUCGGAAAUUUUUCGACUUGCUCACCCAGAUUUAGUCAAAUACUAAGCUCUGCAGACAUAUCUCGCGAGUUGAAAGAUUUAGAAGAAACUUCUAAAGAAGCGAGUAGUGUUGAGGACCUCCACGAUGAGAGUUCGUUUGAGAGUGGUAUAAAAAACCACUCGAAGGAGGAGGAAGCCAGUGAUGACGUAGACAAUAACACGAUAAUAGAGUAUUCGUCUUUAAAAACUAAAAUGGUAGUGAAGACUGUGGACGACAAGGUGUCGACGGAUAGUGGAAACGAAACGCCGACGAGUAGCUCACUAGAUAACUCGCUCAAUUCAAGCUGUUCACUCGCCAGGCAUAUUAUGGAUAGUAAACGGUGUGAGGAUUCCGACAGAGAUACAGAUGCCAGCACAAGCAGUUGUGAUUUAUCUCCGAGAAAAUUCAUAUCUACUGCUACGUUUACAUCGCAACGAGUGCCGAGUCCAAAACAACCGUCGCCUUUAGUCAUCGACACGUCACAUGACGACACGAUGCUUCUCAAAACGACAUCGACGUCGUCGGCACCAAACACACCGUUGGACAAAAGUCUUUCGGCAAGUUACGGAACGGGACGAACGCAACGAACAAAGUCAACACCGCCGUGUCUUGACUUGAGCAAAAUCAACCAGAGUAUACCAAGAUUAGAGCUUUCAGCUUCUGAAGACGAAACUGUUCUAUUGAGAAAACCACGUCGCCGAAGCAGCCGUCACGGAGUAACACGUCGGCAAGGGUUGCCUUCUCAGACGACACCUGAGAGUCCGACAGGUAAAAAAGAUUUGCGUCGAAUGUCAAGCCCGACGUCACUACGUCCACCAAUCCUUAUCACACGUGGGUCGAGAGGACUGGGUUUCUCGUUAAAGGCAAUUCGUGUACAUAUCGGGGAAAGUUCGAAUUACACUCUUCAACAUUUAGUAGAGUCUGUCGAUAAAUACGGUCCUGCUUAUGAAGCUGGGCUAAAAGAGAAUGAUCUAAUCACACAUGUAAAUGGCGAAUCAACCCAAGGUCUACAACACGUGGACCUAGUUCGAUUAAUAAUGCAAGGCGGUGAGGUAGUGAAACUUACGGUAACCGAACUCUCUAACACAAGUAUACGUACUGGUACGAAACGAAAGCAAGUGGGAAGUCGAAUCCUUUCACGCAAGCCUCGCUCUCGUAGCCGUACGAAUAGUUCUGCAGAAGAACGAAGCAACUCUCGAAAGUCAGCGAUUUAUAAAAGAAUUAAAAAACCACUCCGACGAAACUCGUCAGUGAAGCGAUCGAGCAAGAAAUCUGCACUGGCAGCCACGUACCAGUCUGCAAACAACGGUGGUGCUGCAAAUUCGUCACCAAACUCUCCCAGCUCACACAUAUCUAGACCAGCUUUCCUCCAUGGUGUGUUGCCAAAACUCGCGCGUUCGAUAGUUCACUCGCCAAGGCGACGUUCGAUAUCAUGCAUUCCUGUCUCACCACUCGCCAGAACUCCCUCCGUUGGUUCGAACAGUAUAAGAAGUCCGUCGCCGUUGGCGACUAAAAACGGUGGAACUGUUAUGUCUCCCACAGGUUCUCAGGGGAGGUCUAAAUUAUCUUCCAGUCCAGGUUCACCUCUGCUAAGGAGAGCGCUAUCACCUGACAGACUUGUUCCGCCAAUUACACUGGAAGAUGCGAUUGAUCAAGAUAGUAAUUUAUUGAUGCCUUCAGAUAGAAAACUAAUACGAAGUCAAUCGAUGAAGGAGAGCAAAAGACGUAGACACAAAUUUCUUAGGUGAUCUGGAAAUCUCCACCCAUAUGAGAAAUCACCACUGAUCGGGAAAUCUCUACCGAUCUGAGAAAUCUCCACCGAUCUGGAUUUUUAAAGUGUUGGACCCUAGGUCACGCGCACGUUGUGGUUCACGAAGGAUUAGCUCUCCUUUGCAGGCCUUUUGUUUUACAUCAUUUGCUUUGGUUUUGGUUGGAGCCAUGUUUAAAAAUUUAAAUUUAUUCUGGUUGCAGUCACUUGAAGUGACUUCACCGAGAAGUUUUUACCUAUAAUUAAAAGAAAAAAAAUAUUUAUACGCGAAUGCGCUGUUUUUAAGCAUUUUCCCCUGAUACUCUCUUGAAAGAUAAGCUAGACUGUCCUCAUAGUUUUAACCAAAUCAAUUAAUCUAGGCGAAAAUCUUCCGUUAUAAUCUCUUCUAAAAAUGCUGCAUGAAAACGACUUGAAUUUUCGUAAUCAUUUUCAGUAUUAUGUUGGUUUUGUUUUAUAAUUUGUUUGUUAUGGUAACAGCAUGUGAAUGUGAACGGUAGUAUUAAAAAUCAAUCAAGAAUUUGUUAUGCGAGCGUAUUCUGCUGUUGCCAUGACAACAGUCCUAAGAAUCUUCUAAUAGACUUUAGAAAAAGUCCAUCUGAUUUUGUUUGAAUUUUUGUUUGGAAAAUAUGAUUUUCUAUUCUUCUGUUCUCCUCUUAUCACGAUAUUUUAUACUCUCUUAUCUCAACUCUAAAUGACUUGAUGAAAAACAGACCAGCCUAUUUGUGCUACGAUAAAAAGCAGACUUUUGGACUGUGAAACCCAAACCCGUAGAGUUUUCCAACAGAUUUUAAUUUGUUUUUGUCGUCUGGGUGGGAAUAGCUUGAUUGUUUUUUUUGUGUGCUUUUUAACAGAUAAAUAAAUAAAUGAAUACGAUGACGUCAUGUGUAUAUUUAUAUUUAAUAAUUGUACAAAUUGUAAAUUCCAGUCCUCAACAAUUAAGUAUUUUUUUUGAGUUACAAAAUGGUUGUAAACUUACCACAAGUUUUUAUAUGAAAAAUGGUAUACUUUAAAACAA